GCCACUCCGAUCUGUCACCGCUCGUGCCCGCUCGAUCAAGGGCUAUGAUUAAGGGACGUUUGCGCACUCCCGAGACACCAGGAAAUAUGGCGGCGCUCAUGACUCUGAGUCAGUUAUCAAGUGGAAACCCAGCCUAUGAAAAUUAUUACAGACAGCUGGACCCAGGAAACACAGGCAAAAUAUCGGCUGGAGAUGCAGCUCAGUUCCUUAAGAAGUCAGGGCUGUCAGAUAGCACUUUGGGGAAGAUUUGGGAUUUGGCAGAUUCAGAAGGAAAAGGCUAUUUGGACAGACGGGGUUUCUUCAUUGCUUUGAGACUUGUGGCCUCAGCACAGGGGGGAAAUGAUAUCAGCCUUAACAACCUCAACCAAAACUUAGCUGCACCCAAAUUUAAAGACACUAACAGCCCAUUAUUAAGUGUUUCAUCGACGGUACCUGACUCCCAGUGGGCAAUUAGGUCUGAUGAAAAAGGGAAGUUUGAGGGCAUUUUUGAGAGUCUGUCCCCUGUAAACGGUCUCCUCUCCGGUGAUAAAGUCAGGCCAGUUUUGAUAAACUCCAAGCUACCUCUGGAUGCUUUAGGAAAGAUUUGGGACCUAAGUGAUGUGGACAAAGAUGGACACUUGGACAAAGAUGAAUUCACAGUGGCCAUGCAUCUUGUGUAUCGCGCCAUGGAGAAGGAGCCUGUCCCAACUACCUUACCCACUUCCCUCAUCCCCCCAUCUAAACGGAAGAAGUCUGCAGGAACCCUGCCAGGUGCUGUGGCUGUGCUGCCUUCUCUGUCUGGGCUUAUGGGUGGCCCAGCUCCUCUAAAAGAAUCCCUGCGAAGCACUCCUCCUCUGGCCAGUGCUACUCUCUUCAGCACCAGUACUGUCAACUUCUCUCCUAAACACUCCUUUAAAUCCAGCUCACCGCCUGUGGUGAACUGGGUGGUACCGGUGGCUGACAGGGAGCUAUAUGAUGAGAUCUUCAAGAAAACAGACAGCGACAAUGACGGCCUGGUUAAUGGAACUGAGGUCAUAGAGAUCUUCAUGCAGUCCAGUCUCUCCCAGACUAUGCUGGCACAGAUAUGGGGACUCGCUGACACUAAACAGACGGGCAAGCUGACCCGGGAGCAGUUCUCUCUGGCCAUGUACCUAAUCCAGCAGAAGGUCACUAAAGGCACAGACCCUCCCUCCGCUCUAACCCCAGACAUGAUACCUCCAUCAGAAAGGACUGCAGCCUCAUUGGCGGUCCCUGACAGCAGCAGCUCCACAGGGUCUGCCGAGCUGACGGGCAUCAAAGAGCUGGAUGACCUCGGCCAGGAAAUAGCUCAGCUGCAGAGAGAGAAAUUCAUUUUGGAGCAAGAGAUCAGGGAAAAGGAGGAAACCAUCAGACAGCAAAAUAGUGAAGUUCAGGACAUGCAGAAUGGAUUGGACAGGGAGAGCUGCAGCCUGCAGGACCUAGAGUCACAGAAGCAGGAUGCCCAGGAACGCCUGGAUGAGAUGGACCAGCAGCACUCCAAGCUGGAGGGAAUGCUCAACGACGUCAAGCAGAAGUGUCAGGAAGAGUCCCAAAGGAUCUCGUCUCUGCAGAGCCAGAUCCGCUCUCAGGAGACUGACCUCCACAGCCGGGAGGAAGAGCUGAGCCGCACCAAGACGGACCUGAGCCGGCUACAGGAGGAGGAGGCCCUGCUCGAGCAAAGUCUGCUCUCUGGUCGGGUCCAGCUGGACAGCAUUACCAAAUCACUCAAAACCACUCAGGAAGAGAUCAACCAGGCACGCAGUAAGCUGUUGCUGAUCCAAGACAGCCAAAAGGAGAUGACCAAGACCAUUGAGCAGUACAACAGCGCUUUGAGCGACAUCAACGGAGGAAACUUCAGCAACCUGCCUGAUUUAAGUGAAGGGUUUGCUGAGAAGGAGAAUGGAGGUUUCAGAAGUGCGGAUGACUCUUUCAAGUCAAAGAUAGCCAUGUUCAACAACAACAGUGCUAAGGAGCCUCCAGCAGACCCCUUCCAGACAGAGGACCCCUUCAAGUCCGAUCCUUUCCUAGAUCCAUUUGGUGGAGAUCCUUUCAAAGAAAGCGACCCCUUCAAAGGCAACUUAACUGAAGAUUUUUUUCAGAGAACGGACAAGUCUAACCUGUUUGGAUCGUCGGACCCCUUCAGUAGAAAACCCACACCACCAGCCAAGCCAAAUGCCCUGACAGCUAACAGCCCAAAACCAGAUGUGUUUGGGACAGUGAGCCCCUUUGGAAGCGACUCUUUUGGAAGCAAGGGUGGUGGAUUUGCCGACUUUAGUCAGAUGUCAAAGAAGUCAGGCAACCCCGUUCUCCCAUCAAAGAAAAAUGUGCCUAACCGGCCUGCACCCCCCUAUGGAGGUCUGCUCAGUUUGACUGCAUCAGAGCCGUCCCAGUUUGUUGCUCAGCGGACAGUAAAGACUCUUUUGUUACAACACACUCAAGUAAAGCAUUCUGUCCUGUGGGUUUUGCAGGUUUUGGCUCUUUUGGAAGUGAGAGCCAGAAGCUGGAGUGGGUCAAGCAGGAGAGCAAGCGUGAGGAGCAGGAGAGGCUGCGGAGGCUGCAGCUCCAGGAGCAGCAGGACCUGGAACUGGCCCUCGCUCUCAGCAGGGCCGAUAUGCCCAGCAUCUGAUCAGCCAUGCCCUACCACAUCUUUUUGUCUUCUUGCUUCUGCCUUACAGUCUUCUGUCCGCAGGCACAAGACAACAGCACCAACACUGGCUAGCAGCCCCUGUUACCAAUUUGUGUAAUGGACCAGUGUGUCUCUAGCCAUGACUGGAUUUGAGUCAAACAACUCCACAUUUAGCAGCCAGUUAUGGUUCAUUGCUCCCAAACUACAUGACAACUAUAAUCAAGGACAAUACGAAGCCACUUGAUUUAAGCCUGGCUUCAUCCUGCAAGAACAUAGCGAUUUAACGCAACCCGAACCAGCAGGGCACUCCACUACAACCGACUUCUAGCUCCAUAUUUUGUUAUGGCUAAUAACCCCUGCCUUAUCCAAAAGCCUUUCUGUUGGAAGUAAAAAAUAACUUGUUUUAUUUAUAUACGCAAUGAGUCUGUGGUGUAUGAAGUAUGUGUUUAAUGCACUGUAUAAACUGUUUUAUAUAACCUUUAAUUAAUAUUAGAAAAAAGAAAAGAAAUUUGUAUGGAAAGUCAAACCAGAUACGCCAACUACUCUGUUGGCCUAUGAUUGAGUUUGUCUCUUUUUUUUUUUCUUUUUUUUUUUUAAAAGAAACUUCUUUAUAUGCUGUAAAUAUUAGUUAGAUGAGGAUUUUAUGUGCAAGCACUGGAACAAAAGCAAAAAACAAACCUAAGUGAUCAGAUUGUCCAUUGCAUGCUUUAGGUUUUUAUUUCAAAUCUUACAACUGUUUCUUACCAUUUAUGGCUGCUUAUGAAAUAUUUAUGGCCUUGAAGUACAAGGAUUAAUGAAGAAAUAUUUUAAUAUAAUCAAACCCUCAAAUGGGAUCUAUAUGUCAAAGUAGAAAUAUGUUUUGGAAUCCCUGCCACGCAUUUCAGUCUUAACAUAGCUUCGGCUGAAUAUGAUUAAGCCCCAUAUUAUUGGUCGCCUCUUGCAUUUACAAUAUUUAAGAUGCUAAUAAUAAUCAUUGAGGUCUUCCUUUUUUCUUUUCAUUUUAAACACUAUUCAGUCCACUUGCAGCGCUGUUGAACUAUCCAUCUUAUGUCAACAGCUUGUGCUUGUCAGAUUGUUUAUCAUUGGUUGCCUUGUUGUUACGUCCAAACAACUUGCCCUCCCACACAACUUUAAGCCUCUAUAAAAUGGAAGUUGUAUAAAUCUACACUGUUUAUUCUGGUGCUGUUAGUUUUUUGUUUUUUACUUAUUCACACUACCAUUGAUGCCCAGUGACAUCUGCUUCCAAUUCAAAUCAACCAAUUGCUCUUUCUUUUUCUGGGAAUUUUUUCUGUUCAUUGUCUUACAAUCCAUUAGAGCAACAUUUGUUUAAAUUACUUUAAAAUAUUGCAUACUUGUAAUUAUAUUACACUAAUCAGGUUUAUUCGGCAUAUAAUGUAUGCACUGUAUAUUUCAGAGCUUACUGAAAAUGUACAGAGUGACAACGCCUUAUUUAUCAACAUAUCAACAUGUAAUGUUGCACAGUAUGUAUAUGGUUAUAAAAAUCUCU